CAGAUCGAGUCCAGUAGAGGCGAAUGCGCAAGAGCCACAAACACAAAGCCGAGUCAGGAAAUGUUGGUCGGGUCUUGGACGCUCAUCUGAAGCUGGCCUGAAAUUUUUUGAAAAAACCGAUUUACCACAAUGUCGGUGGAUCCUUUAUUCAAGCUUGGGGUGAUUUACGCCCUAUUGUGUCAAUGUAUCUUUGGUUUUGUUCCUUCUGCAACAAACGUCAGUGUUGUUUGCCACAACUUCGUGAAUGUGUUGUACUGGAACUACAGUCAUCCAGCUGAACAGCUGGAGUUCAGUGUAUUGGUCAGACCUUAUUAUGGUGAUUCCCAAACUGUUGACACUUCCCAGACGUACCUUGAUAUCAGCGACUACAGCAACGAUGCGGGUGAUGAUUACUUUGUGGCUGUGACAGCACAGGUUGGACAAGAGAAAUCAGAAAGUGCCUCCAUUAAAUUCACCUACAGCAUAGACUAUUAUGAUGAGAAGAAACAUACAUAUAAAUGCUCUAUGGACUUUCCAGCUGUAAAUACAUCUGUCCACAAAGAUGUGAUUGAAGUGUCCUUUCAGCACCCUUACUUACUUUAUGAGGAGGAAAUUCUGAAUAAUGAAUUCAAGUACACAAUCACACAUGAUCAGCGAAGCAUAGAUCACGACCAACCUCCUACAACACUCCUUUCACAAUCCGAGCAGCCCGCCAUUUCUCGAAUGGCACCUGUUAAACACCAACCCCUACUGAACAAAGGCAGCUAUUGUUCUUUCCCCAAUUCUCCAGAUGAGGAAGUCUGUGAAAUGACCACUGACCUUGCUAACACAGAAAUGAAUGAACCUGAUGAUGUUGAAUCUACAGUCUUGGGCCAGUCGUCUGAUUAUAACAAUCCAGGUCUGAUUGAGAUUGGUCCAGAGGACUUUGCUGAGGCAUACGGCCCACGGCCACCAGUAAUGUAGGCCUGAACAUGUGUAAGAAUGACUAGUGUUGGGCAAUAUGCUCAAUAAUCAUAAGGUCAGCCUGUGAGAUCAGUGUUACAAUAGUUGACUUUGAUCAUUAAUUUGCUUAUUUACUUCUUUCUUUACUCAUUUACUUCAUUUUAUAAUCACAGAAAAUUAGAAUCUUUUUCUAUUUUGCUAGCAAAGAUAAAGUGUUUAUUAAUAAAUCAGGUUGUUUCCCAGUAGUGGGGUAAAAACAGCGUAAUCAUUUGUGUAUUUGACUAAUAUUUGUGUAUUCCAUUUAUUAUGCCUGUUGUGAUGUUGAAUAAAGCAUUAAAAACCAAAGAGUAUUCCAACAUGUCAGUGGGAAAAUUACGGGCACAUGUCCUCUCAUGCCGUUACAGAAUCAACAUUUUGACUGUACUUCUGCAUGAGAUGAGAACACAUUUUUAUAAUUUCUUGGGUCAAGAAAGAAUUGGAGUUUGCAAUAUAUUUCCUCCUCCCUUGCUACCGCGCAAAAGCUCACUCUGUCUGGACGCGCUUAAAUGAUAUGGCUGCAGCGAUAGGGCUGCAACAACUAUUUGAUAAAAUCGAUAAUAAUCGAUAAUGAAAAUCAUCGACAACGAUUCUCAUUAUCGAUUAGUCGGGUCUACCCACCGUGCACGGAAGACUUACGCCAGUCGUGUCAAAUUACAGCACUGAAUAAAGCAUUUCUAUGGACAAAAUACACCUAAAAAUAGUGGAGGAAACAGAUUGAGCUGCUGCAGGAAAGAUGCGUGAUCAAAGCUGAUCAAAACAUGAGAAUUCUUUAUUUUAAGCUUCGAGCUAAUUCAUUAGUGUAAUGGCUUGCCCUGUCAGGCGCUUUGACAGAUGCAUGUGCAUCUUCAGCGCAAAAUGUUCAUUCUACGGCUAUAUCCUUAUCUAUAAAUGUUACGAAUUAACACAAACAUUUCCAUUUUGCAUAAAGGCUUGUCCUGACAGUCUGCGUUAAACUUUGAAUGAGGACCCACGUCAAGGCCCUUUCACACAGGACGCGGAAUGCGCUGCGCUAUGAAACCCAUUUAUUUCAAUGGCUUGUGCUGCGCGAGGACGAUUUGUUGAUGCGUCGACCUAAGCACAGCUUUCGCGCAGGCCGCGGUCAAAGUUCCAAAUAGUUCAGCUUUUGCCGCUGCGCUCUGUGACGAUUACCUGCGCGGCCAAUAGAAAUGGGGCAUCCAAACAAACGCAGAAAGCACAAUGGACGAAAAGAUUGUACUGUGUGUGUCGGAACGGCAAUGAAGUUUCAAUGUUAAGCAUUAACUGCAACAGCUGACAUUUUCAAAACUAUGAAUAUAUUGUGUAAUGAUAUGAUAAAUCAUCUGUGCUGUUUUGCCUGAUUGAUUACAGACACAGCAGAGCAAACAAUCAGCGAAUAACCCAUGCUCGUCUAGGCUAAUACAGUUUAUUACUAUUUGAUGUCUUUAUCUUUUUUUCUUUUUUUUUUCAUUUGUGAGGUUUUCUUAUUAAUUUGAAAAUUUUGGUUAGUAGCCUGUACAAUACCUUUUUGUAAUUCGGUGACAGCAGAGUGUUAACAACAAUGCCUGAAAUAAACAUCUGUGCCCUAAUAAAAUGUAUAUAAGCUA